UACAGCUUCUGUGAAACUCAAAGAGGACGCACACAGCUGCUGAAGCCAAAGCAAGAGCGCGGAGAACUGCGUGGGUAGAAGAAGUAACACAUCUCCGGGAGAGAGCCUCCGCAUCUUCUUCUUCUCCUUCCUCAUCAUCUUCUUCUCCAUUCAUAUCUCCCCCAUGGGGCGUGGAGCUUUAGCAUCUUUAGCUAACACUUGCUGCACAAGGUACAUGUUCAGUGUUUUGACAGUGGAGCCGGAAUGUUAACUGUAGGCUUUUCUAGACCAGAAGUCUACAACAUCCUCCACUAAAAGUAGAACGACCUCAGUGCCGGUGGAUAACCCCAUCCGAAGCACACCUAGUGUAUUUGACCUGACGGUGGAUCCUACGCUUCCAUCCAGACAGCAAACCAAAGCAGAGCACUUCCAUUGCUCCUUUUUUUUUAUAAGUAACAUCCAUAGCCUUGACUAUAUAGCUGUGACCUUCACAUCAAAGAGUUUUUUUUUUUUAAAGUAACCUGUAAAAAUGGGCCCUGGAAUGGAGGCAGCGGACAUAGCUGUGGUAGCACUGUAUUUUGUCCUGGUGCUAGUCAUCGGGUUUUUUGCUAUGUGGAAAGCCAACCGCAGCACAGUGAGUGGCUACUUCCUGGCUGGACGCUCAAUGACAUGGAUAGUGGUAGGCGCAUCGCUCUUCGUCAGUAACAUUGGCAGUGAACAUUUCAUAGGCCUGGCUGGGUCCGGAGCCGCGAGUGGCUUUGCUGUUGGAGCAUGGGAGUUUAAUGCACUUCUACUUCUGCAGCUUCUCGGCUGGGUGUUUAUACCUGUGUAUAUCCACUCAGGAGUCUACACUAUGCCGGAGUAUCUGUCGAAACGCUACGGCGGCAACAGGCUAAAAGUUUACUUUGCUUUCUUGUCAGUGUUGCUUUACAUUUUUACCAAGCUGUCUGUGGACUUGUAUGCUGGAGCUCUCUUUAUUCAGGAGUCCCUCGGUUGGAACCUUUACCUGUCUAUUGUUUUGCUCAUUAGUAUGACGGCUCUACUCACUGUCACUGGUGGAUUGGUGGCAGUGCUGUACACAGAUGCCCUUCAGGCGGUGUUGAUGAUUGGUGGAGCCCUAACACUUACCAUUAUCAGCCUGAUCAAAGUGGGUGGGCUCGAGGGUGUCAGAACUAAGUACAUGCAGGCAGUUCCUAAUGUUUCUGCUAUAAUGGCCGCCGGGAACUACACUUAUUCACCUUCCUGCCGUAUUCACCCUAAACCGGAUUCCCUCCGCAUCCUUCGAGGUCCCCUGGAUGAAGACAUCCCUUGGCCCGGAUUCAUUCUCGGCCAGACCCCUGCAUCUAUUUGGUAUUGGUGUGCGGACCAAGUCAUCGUUCAGAGAGUACUUGCCGCAAAGAACAUUGCCCACGCCAAGGGCUCAACGCUCAUGGCUGGAUUUCUCAAGAUCCUGCCCAUGUUUGUGAUAGUCAUUCCAGGAAUGAUCUCCCGCAUCAUGUUUGCAGACGACAUCGCCUGCAUCGGGCCAGAGCACUGCAUGGCCGUGUGCGGUUCUCAUGCUGGCUGCUCGAACAUCGCCUAUCCACGCCUGGUUAUGGCAGUGAUGCCGGUGGGACUCAGGGGUCUUAUGAUGGCAGUCAUGAUCGCGGCGUUGAUGAGCGACCUCGACUCAAUCUUCAACAGCGCGAGCACCAUCUUCACCCUGGACAUCUACCAAACAAUUCGGAAGAAGGCGUCUCAGCGCGAGCUGCUGAUCGUGGGUCGCAUGUUUGUCGUGCUCAUGGUGGCCAUCAGCAUUGCUUGGGUGCCCGUCAUCAUCGAGAUGCAAGGUGGACAGACUUACUUGUACAUCCAGGAAGUUGCCGGCUACCUCACUCCGCCAAUCGCCGCCCUGUUCCUGCUAGGUGUGUUCUGGAAACGGUGUAACGAGACGGGCGCGUUUUGGGGAGGGAUGACCGGCUUCACGCUAGGUGCACUGCGACUGAUCCUAGCUUUUAUCUACCGCCAGCCUCGCUGUGAUCAGCCUGAUGAUAGGCCUGCCUUCAUAAUACAUGUCCAUUACAUGUAUUUUGCAGCUGGGUUGUUUUGGCUUUCCGGCUUGGUGGCAGUGAUUGUAAGUUUGUGCACCUCUCCGCCGGACGUUGAGCAAGUGCGCACCACCACAGUGUGGGGGCUCCACAACAUCGAAAAGGUCCCCGCAAAGGACCGAGAGGAAAUGCACCGACUGACGAAGAGCCACUGCAAUGGAGAUGGGAGGCCCCGUGAAGAAAUGCCCGCUGAUGUCAAAAAGGAGAAGUGCGUAGAUGGGGCAGAUGUCAAACUUCUGUUCCCAUUCACUGAUCACGACCCAGCGACCCCAAGUACAGAGACAUCCGCUGCCAACACCCCUGCAGAACAUUUUGGUAAUGGAAGGAUGGAGAUGCUAAGAGCAGAAGAAGGCUGCCAUGGUAAUGGGGAGAGGAGCCGGUGCAUGCGUUUAAUGGACUGGUUUUGUGGAUACAAGGAAGGGGAACAGAGCGCUCAACAAAACGCGAUGAAGGAAGAUCCGAGUGUCAUUGCGGAGAUGCUGUACGAGCCACCCAGAGUUAAACUCUUCCUCAACUUGGGCCUACUAUGCGUCUGCUCUGUGGGCAUCUUCAUGUUUGUGUAUUUCUCACUGUAGUCGAACCCUGCGCUGAACUAACAGGGACUGGUGCGAGGGCUUUUAUAGAGGAGAAGACAUGUGGGAGGUUUGGGGCUGUUACAAACAUUGAAGUUUUCAGAGAUUUGAGAAGUUUUGUCUGUAAUAUUUACAGUUGUCUUUUGUAGCUCCUUAACAGGCAUCUAAGCUUAUUCUAAUCAUUUUUUUGAAAUGAUUAAAGCCUGAACAUGGAAACAGUUAUACAUCUAUAUGACAUUCAAUCUGGCACUAGUGUGUCCUUUUUGUAUAGCCCUUGUUGUUAAUUCUGCAUUGAAAAUAUCUACUGGGAUUUCUAGAAUUGUAUUCUAAGUGAAUUGAUUAUUUGCCUUAUUUGACAUAUGCACUCAUCUUUGUUUAGUUUUGUGUUUUUUUUUUUUGUGAAAUACAAAUGUAUCAUAUGAUUUAAGCUUUUUUAUUUUAACUUUGUUUUUUUUGACAGUGACUGUAGGCUUAGCUGCUGGUAGUAGCACACAUACAGUAUAUGUUUGUCUGUAGUAAUUUUAAAUUCCCUUAUAUGUUGUAGGCCAUGACAGUUUUAUACAAGUUGUGGCCGCUUAACACUGAUUAUACUUAUUAUCAUGCUAUAUCAAUAGCUCUUCAAGUAUGUGAUUUUUUUUAUAUUAUUAUUAUUUUUUUAUUGUUCCCUGAAUGGUUAUUUUGGGCUUCUUGCCUGAGAGAAUGAAAUGAAAUCCACACCUCUAUUUUUAGAAGUGGUCUAUUAUGAAUUUUGGGAAAACAAGAAUUAAUACUAAGUGCUAUGAAGAAUUACUUUGAUGCCGGUGUUGCAUAGGGCCAUUAUGUUUAUGGUGAUCUUUAAGACUAUUGGUUUGAUUUAGUCGACUGGAAUUGUUGCAUUUAAAAUGUUUUAUUAAAGCUUACAGUUGGUAUUUGGUAUCUUCAGUAUGUCUUUAGCACAUGCAAGAGAGCGAAACAAGCACAAGAUUAGAAAUCUUUCUUUUCGAGUCAAGAGGAAGAAAAUAAUGUAGAUGGUACAUUUGACUGUGCAAGUUGUCACCAAUGACUAAAUUCCAGUCACACCUGCAGCUGUAUUUCAAUUUCUAAUGGUUUAUAUACUGUGUUUUCUACUACUGUGUUUUUAUCAAGUUUAUUUUUUUGUGUGUUUGUGUGUGUGUGUGGCUGUAUUCUGUGUUAUAGUUCAGAACCAACAGCUUUACAUGCACUACUAUUGUAUCGUAACAAAAAGCCACAAGUACCAAUGCUCAUGAUUCUGUAUCGGUUUUUAUUUUUAUGCAUAUCUCAUUUUAUGUUUCACGUAAUUGGAAAUACGUGUUGGGUCUGUUGCAUUAUGUUGUGUACACUAUGUUUCAGGACUCACUGCACCAUUCGUAAUACGUAUUUCUUCUAUAGUUAAGCUAUAUCUUGUGUAUCUACUGUGUGUCGGUUUAUUUCUAGUGCACUGCGGUACUGAAAUGCAUCUAAUCUAGAUUCAAGUGCAUCUUUUAUGAACCUCCUACCAAAUGUGUCUUAGUGUGCAAUGCUUAGGUGGAAAAAAAAAAACACAAGACAAAGAACACAAAAGCCUGUUGUUUUCAUCUCCUAACAACUGUUGUUUAAAGCCGUGUCAUAAAUCAGCUUUCUCAUGUAGUAUGUUUUAAUUUAGCGGUUGAUUAGUGCAUAACAAAAAUGACAUUUUAAACACGUGUGUCUUUAUUAGCUGAACAAAUUUAGUCACAACAUUAUCAAGGGUAAUUAUAUCAGAUGCAUAAAGAUGCCGGCCUUCUGGAUUUGGGUCAUUAAUUCCACAGUGUAAUGUAUCAUCCAUUAAAACCUCAGACUACAAAAGAUAAAGGAAUAAUACUGUGUUCGUGUAUGUUUUGGGCUCCAGUGUUGUGUGACGACAGGCCAAUCCUCGUCAAUGCCAGGCAUAAAUUAUGCACAAUAUGGAUGAAUAAUAAAAAAUGAUGAUGGUUGUUUGGGAAAGAGCUUUAAAACCUUAAGUUUCUAAGAUCUAAGAAAUUAUACAUUGUUAUUUUUAUGCCUUUUAUUUUUAGAGACUGAAAAUAAAGUUUCUGUGACGACCAAAAGA